GCAGGGGCUGUGCCGGUGCUGAAGCGGCUGCCAGGAGGGGAAUGUCCCUGUUCGUGACAGAUCCCAGCCAGGCGUGACGUGCAGGGACACAACUUCUGUUCAGAAAGAGAAGAAAAGACCGAGGGGAGAUCUCAGCAAUCCAAAUAAACGCCUCCAAAGGGUGCCAGGACGGUGCCAGACCCUUCCCAGUGACAGCCACAAAAUAAAACACAACAAAUUCCACCUCACCGUGAGGAAGGACUUUUGCCACGGAGGUGGCAGAGCCCUGGAACGGCUCCAGGGAGGGCCUGGAAUCUCCUCCUCUGGUGGCAUCCCAAACCCAGCUGGACCCAUUCCUGUCUCACCUGCUCCAGCUGACCCUGCCUGACGAACUCCAGAUCUCCCUUCCACCCCUAAAUAUUCUGGGAUUCUGCAAAAAAACACCCAAGCUGUAGCUGCCGGUGACCUCUGCUUUGGAAACUGCUGUGGAACUACUUGGAUUUAUUUACAAAAACCACCCUGGAAGUCACGGCAGCGAAGUGGAGAAUUCCGGGAAGCCAGCAGCGUGAAUCAGUGCCACUUGUGUGGUUUCUGCCCUUCAGGAGGGUUUCUGUCCUGGGCUGUGUUUUACAGAUCCCUGGAUUGUGAGUUCGAGUGGAUCUGCUGGGUUUUAUUUCCAUCCUGAACUGGUUCCCUUCCCCACAGAGGGCCAAGGGAUGAGUUUGGAGCGGCAGCAGCAGGGAGGGCAAAUCUGGGAACUGCAGAGUUUUCAGGGGAGCCAGAGUGAGAGACGAGCAGCUUGCGGCUCCCGCAGCUUCCCCCUCGCAGUGAAUUCUCCACCAAGUGACAGAUGGGAUUUGGGGAGGGACAGAAACGCUGGAUCAGCUCAUGGGCAGCAUCUCCUCCCUGAGCACCAGGCUCUGACAGAGCCUCCUCCUUCGCCUCUGAACGAGAAUCUCCUUGGGACGCCGAUCAGAUUUGGGGCCACGCUGGACAAAAUUGUUCUGGUCGCGUGUGCAUCUCAAAAAGGAGCUGUCAUCUGAAGAAAUCCCUUCACAAAGACUCCUUCCAGUCAAAAAGCUCUGCUCUGAGGGAGGGAACACCUUCAUGGAUUAGAGAACACCUUCACGGAUUCCCAAGGCAGCAACCUGGAAUUGCCCCGCCUUUAACUCAGGAGCUACACCUGGGUUGUAAAACUGCUCCGGGUGGUAAAAGCAAUCCUGUCAUUGCUCAUCAGCUGUUCCUCACUUAGCUAACGGAGAACCUGGAGCCCGUGGCGUCCUAAAUUAGUCUGUAAUAAACCCAUUACAAACAAGCAAGCAGCUCCCUUUUCCUGCCCCCAGCUCCGGAGCGAUGCGGGGUGGCAGAGCAGAGCUGGCUUCGGGGCCGGGGUGGUUUCCAGCUGGCUGCAGUGAUGACGGACUCGUGGCACCUCUGACUCUGAACCAACAGGAUGUGAAGUGUUUGCUCGUCCUUUGCGCGGCCCCAGCUGAAAGCGCGCCGCUCCUUCGGCGGAUACGCAAAUCCCGGCUUCCAGAAGCGGGAAUUGUUAACUCAGCCAUCUACAACUACGAGGCCACGCAGGACGUGGAGCUGUCCCUGCAGGUGGGGGACACCGUUCACAUCCUGGAGAUGUACGAAGGCUGGUACCGAGGAUACACGCUCCGAAAUAAAUCCAAGAAGGGCAUUUUCCCAGAAACCUACAUCCAUUUAAAAGAGGCCAUCGUGAAAGACCGAGGGCAACACGAGACAGUGAUCCCCAGCGAGCUGCCCCUUGGCCAGGAGCUCACGUCCACCCUGCGGGAGUGGGCAGUGAUCUGGCACAAGCUCUACGUGAACAACAAAACCACGCAGUUCAGGCACGUCCAGCAGCUCACCUACAGCCUGAUAGAGUGGAGAUCCCAAAUCCUCUCCGGGACCCUGCCCAAGGAUGAACUGGCUGAGCUCAAGAAAAAAGUCACUGCCAAGAUUGACUAUGGCAACAGGAUCCUGGGUCUGGACCUGGUUGUCCGAGAUGACAACGGGAACAUCCUGGACCCCGAUGAGACCAGCACAAUCUCCCUCUUCAAGGCCCACGAAACUGCAUCCAAGAGGAUUGAUGAGAGGAUCCAGGAGGAGAAGUCCCUGCAGCAGAGUUUGGACCUCCGUGGGCAGCCGAUAUUCAACUCCACGCACACUUACAGCCUCUAUGUGAACUUCAAGAACUUUGUCUGCAACAUUGGGGAAGAUGCAGAGCUGCUGAUGAGCCUCUAUGACCCUGACCUCUCCAAAUUCAUCAGUGAAAAUUACCUGGUUCGCUGGGGCAGCAAUGGGAUGCCGAAAGAAAUUGAGAAGCUGAACAACCUCCAAGCCGUGUUUACUGACCUGAGCAGUUCCGACCUGAUCAGGCCCAGGAUCAGCCUGGUGUGCCAGAUCGUGCGCGUGGGGCACAUGGAGCUGAAGGACGGCAAGAAGCACACGUGCGGGCUGCGCCGGCCCUUCGGCGUGGCAGUGAUGGACAUCACCGACAUCAUCCACGGGAAGGUGGACGACGAGGAGAAGCAGCAUUUUAUCCCCUUCCAGCAGAUUGCCAUGGAAACCUACAUCAGGCAGCGCCAGCUCAUCAUGUCCCCCCUGAUCACCUCCCACGUCAUCGGCGAGAACGAGCCCCUCACCGCCGUCUUCAACAAAGUCAUCGCCGCCAAGGAGGUCAACCACAAAGGCCAAGGUCUCUGGGUCUCCCUGAAGCUGCUCCCUGGGGACCUGGCUCAGGUUCAGAAGGAUUUUUCCCACCUUGUAGACAGAUCCACUGCAGUGGCUCGAAAAAUGGGGUUCCCUGAGAUCAUCCUUCCUGGUGACGUCCGCAAUGACAUCUACGUCACCCUGAUCCAAGGGGAGUUUGACAAGGGCAAGAAGAAAACCCCCAAGAACGUCGAGGUCACCAUGUCAGUGCACGACGAGGAUGGGAACCUGCAGGAGAAAGCCAUCCACCCCGGGGCUGGCUAUGAGGGAGUCUCCGAGUACAAGUCCGUGGUUUAUUACCAGGUCAAGCAGCCCUGCUGGUACGAGACCGUCAAGGUGGCCAUCGCCAUCGAGGAGGUCAGCCGCUGCCACCUGAGGUUCACCUUCCGUCACCGCUCGUCGCAGGAGUCCAGGGAUAGGUCUGAGAGAGCGUUUGGCGUGGGCUUUGUGAAGCUGAUGAACGCGGAUGGAACGACGCUGCAGGAUGGCAAACACAACUUGAUUGUUUACAAGGGUGACAACAAGAAAAUGGAAGAUGCCAGGAGCUAUUUGACCCUUCCCUGCACCAAAACGGAGGUGGAGGAGAAGGAGGCUCCGUCGGGGAAAAACCUGCACGCUCUGGCCAACUUCACCCCCACGAAGGACAGCACGAAGGACAGCUUCCAGAUCGCCACCGUCAUCUGCUCCACCAAGCUCACCCAGAAUGUUGACCUGCUGGGUUUGCUGAACUGGCGCUCCAACGCCCACAACAUCGCCCACAACCUCAGGAAGCUCAUGGAGGUGGAAGGAGGAGAGAUCGUGAAGUUUUUGCCAGACACCCUCGACGCACUCUUCAACAUCAUGAUGGAAAUGUCAGAAAACGAAACCUACGAUUUCCUGGUGUUUGACGCCCUGGUGUUUAUUAUUUCCUUGAUUGGAGACAUCAAGUUCCAGCACUUCAACACGGUGCUCGAGACUUACAUCUACAAACACUUCAGUGCAACCCUGGCCUACGUGAAGCUCACCAAAGUCCUGAACUGCUACGUGGGGAACGCUGAGGACUCCAGCAAGACAGAGCUGCUCUUUGCAGCCCUGAAAGCCCUGAAAUACCUGUUCAGAUUCAUCGUGCAGUCGCGGGUGUUGUACCUGAGUGUCUAUGGGAAAAGCGAGGAUGGGAAUGAAUUCAACGAUGCGAUUCGCCAGCUCUUCCUCUCCUUCAACGUCCUCAUGGACCGGCCCCUGGAGGAGGCUGUCAAGAUCAAGGGAGCAGCUUUAAAGUAUUUGCCCAGCAUCAUAAAUGAUGUCAAACUGGUAUUUGACCCCGUUGAGCUCAGUGUCCUCUUCAGCAAGUUCAUCCAGAGCAUCCCUGACAAUCAGCUGGUGCGGCAGAAGCUGAACUGCCUGACCAAGAUCGUGGAGAGCGACCUGUUCAAGCAGGCUGAGUGCAGAGACGCCCUCCUGCCCCUGCUCAUCGACCAGCUGAGCGGGCAGCUGGACGACAACUCCAGCAAGCCCGACCACGAGGCCAGCUCCCAGCUCCUGAGCAGCGUCCUGGAGGUCCUGGACCGCAAAGACGUGGGUGCCACUGCCCUGCACAUCCAGCUGAUGAUGGAGCGGCUGCUGCGCCGCAUCAACCGCACGGUGAUCGGGAUGAGCCGCCAGUCCCCGCACAUGGGUAUUUUUGUGGCCUGCAUGACAGCCAUCCUGAGGCAGAUGGAUGAUUUCCACUACAGCCAUUACAUCAACACUUUCAAAACCAGGCAGGACGUCAUCGACUUCCUGAUGGAAACCUUCAUUAUGUUCAAGGAUUUGAUUGGGAAGAACGUGUAUGCAGCUGACUGGAUGGUCAUGAACAUGAUGCAGAGCAGGGUUUUCCUCCGGGCAGUGAACCAAUUCACCUCCGUCCUCAACCGCUUCUUCCUGGAUCAAACUAGUUUUGAACUCCAGCUCUGGAAUAACUAUUUCCACUUGGCUGUGGCUUUCCUCACUCACGAGUCCCUCCAGCUGGAGACCUUCUCCCAGGCCAAACGCAGCAAAAUCAUCAAGAAGUACGGGGACAUGAGGAAAGAAAUUGGCUUCAAAAUCAGGGACAUGUGGUACAACCUGGGUCCCCACAAAAUAAAAUUCAUCCCAGCAAUGGUGGGGCCAAUCCUGGAGGUGACCCUGGUCCCAGAGCCUGAGCUGAGGAAAGCAACAAUUCCCAUUUUUUUUGACAUGAUGCAGUGUGAGUUCAACUUCAGUGGGAACGGGAACUUCCACAAGUUUGAAAAUGAGCUGAUCACCAAGCUGGACCAGGAGGUGGAAGGGGGCCGAGGGGAUGAGCAGUACAAGAUCCUGCUGGAGAAACUGCUCCUGGAGCACUGCAGGAAGCACAAGUACCUGGCAGCCUCUGGAGAGGUGUUUGCCCUGCUGGUCAGCAGCCUGCUGGAGAACCUGCUGGACUACAGGACCAUCAUGCACGACGAGAGCAAGGAGAACCGCAUGAGCUGCACCGUCAACGUGCUGAAUUUUUACAAGGAGAAGAAGCGAGAGGACAUUUACAUCAGGUACCUGUACAAACUCAGGGACCUGCACACGGACUGUGAGAACUUCACCGAGGCCGCCUACACCCUGCUCCUGCACGCUGAGCUGCUCCAGUGGUCGGAGAAGCCCUGUGUCCCUCACCUGCUGCAGAGGGACACCUACUACGUGUACUCCCAGCUGGAGCUCAAGGAGAAGCUCUACCAGGAGAUCAUCUCCUUCUUCGACAGGGGCAAGAUGUGGGAAAAAGCCAUUCAGCUGAGCAAGGAGCUGGCUGACAUGUAUGAAAACAAGAUCUUUGACUACGAGGGACUUGGUCAUCUCCUGAAAAAAAGAGCCACGUUUUAUGAGAACAUCAUGAAGGCCAUGAGACCUCAGCCCGAGUACUUUGCUGUUGGAUACUAUGGGCAGGGUUUUCCCUCUUUCCUGCGGAACAAGAUUUUCAUCUACCGUGGCAAAGAGUACGAGCGCAGGGAGGAUUUUAACCUGAAGCUGCUGACUCAGUUUCCCAGCGCUGAGAAGAUGACCAGCACAGCCCCUCCAGCUGAGGAGAUCAAAGCUUCCCCCAAACAGUAUGUGCAGUGCUUCAUCGUGAAGCCUGUGAUGAACCUGCCACCUACUUACAAAGAUAAACCUGUUCCGGAACAGAUCUUAAACUACUACAGAGCCAACGAGGUGCAGCAAUUCACCUACUCCAGACCUGUCAGGAAAGGGGAGAAAGAUCCAGACAACGAGUUUGCUAACAUGUGGAUAGAAAGGACAACCUACACGACAGCUUAUUCAUUUCCUGGCAUCCUCAAGUGGUUUGAGGUCAAACAGGUCACAACGGAGGAGAUCAGCCCGCUGGAGAACGCCAUCGAGACCAUGGAGCUGACCAACGAGAGGAUCACCAACAUCGUGCAGCAGCACACGUGGGACAGGAGCCUGCCCGUGCACCCCCUGUCCAUGCUGCUCAACGGCAUCGUGGACCCCGCCGUCAUGGGCGGCUACACCAACUAUGAGAAGGCCUUCUUCACAGAGAAAUACCUCCAGGAGCAUCCUGAAGAUCAAGACAAAAUCGAGCUGCUCAAGCAGCAGAUCGCUAUACAGAUGCCUCUCCUGGCAGAAGGGAUCCGGAUCCACGGGGAGAAGCUGACGGAGCAGCUGAGGCCGCUGCACGAGAGGCUCACAGCCUGCUUCAAGGAGCUCAGGAGGAAGGUGGAGAAGCAGUACGGGGUCAUAACUCUGCCCCCGGCGCUGACCGACAGGAAGCCCAGCAGGUCGGGCUCCGUGGUGCUGCCCUACAUCAUGUCCUCCACCCUCAGGAGGCUCUCGGUCACCUCCGUGGCCUCCUCCGUGGUCUCCACCUCGUCCACCUCAUCCGACGGCGCGUCCUCCAGGCCGGGCUCCGAUGGAUCUACCCUGGAGCCUCUGUUGGAGAGGAGAACAUCCACAUCCUCCAGAGCUGAGGAGCUGCCCGUGAAAGACGACGGUGACAACAGGAUUAGCAAGCUCAAGAGGAAGGAGUGGAGCAUUAGCAGGUCUCAGGUUAUCGUGGAGAAGGAGCCAGAAGCAGAACUGACUUCCCAAAUGGGCACGGCAGGGAAGGCUCAGAGGCCCAAGAGCCUGCAGCUGGGGGACAACAGGCUGACCCUGCUGCCGAGCUCCUCGCUGCAGCAAUCCACCUGCAGCCCUCCCCCCAUCACCCCCAAAACCCCCCGGACUCAGAGCUUCCCCUCGCUGCAGGCUGACGGAUUGGCCACUCCACCUCCCCCUCCACCCAAAAGCAAACCCUACGAGAGCAGCACCCCCAGGAACUCCUUGGAGGUCGCUCCGCCGCUGCCCAGCAGACGCGAGGCCAAGCCUCCGCCUCCGCCCCCAAAAACCAGGAAAUCCAGCGUGGUGUCCUCGGAGCAGGGCCUGCAGUGAGGAUUUGGGGGUUCCAGCCAGCCUGGGGAUCUCCCCUGGAGUUUUCCUGGGAAAUCCCACAAAGGAUCUGUUGUUGGGACUGGAUUUGCUGCCCUCUGUUUGCCUCUGCAGGACUGACACACUAAUCCACGCGUCUCCCUGCUGGGAUUCUUCUCUCUCCUGGCUUUGUCUGUCCCGAGUUCCUCACUGCUGCAAUCCCAGUUUAAACUGGGAAUCCUGGGGUGAUCUCACUGGUCCUGCCCGGGUCAGGCUCUUUGCUCAGCUUGUGCUUGGUUUGAUUUUUCAUUUUGUGCUUUUUUUAAUGGGGUGGAAAAAAAAAAAAAUCCCUCCAGUGGAUGUUGGGGAUGACAGAAGCUGCACUUUUGCCAGGGCUGGACUGGUACCAGUUCCGUGGUUUAUUUAUCAUCAGUAUUGAUGAAGAUUUUGCUUUCUCUUCCAGGAAAUAAUUUUGUUUGUUGAUUCUCUUGUUUUGCUUCUGAUCAUCUUGUAGGAGUCGGGAAGAGCCACUCAAACCCUGCUGAGAGUGCUGCUCACAGCAGGAAAUACAAUUAUUGCCGGGCCACGAUUGUGCUCCCCUGACUGAAAUGGGUUUCUGACCUCACUGAGGAACCAAAGUUUGUUAAACCUUACCAAAAGUUUCCUCAGCAAAGCCUUUUUCAGGCAAAACAAAACCCAACCCAAACAAAAACCACCCCCAGGAGGGUUUUGCUCAGACCGAAGUCGCCGUUUCCUUUUGUUCUUCCCAAUUCUUUUGACGUCCGGGAGCUGCUGUGCUGCCUGCCCAGCUCUGGAAGCAGAUUGUCCUCAUCCCAGCGUCAUCCCAGAUUGCCGUCACCUCCAGCUUGGAGCCGCUUUGGAGGCGGCGCUGCGGUCACAUCCCAUCCAUCCCCAGCCCCGAGUGCUGCACGCGCUUCCAGCUGUCUCCGGGCCGCUGCUCCUCGGGGGAAAUCCUAGGAAUCUUCCUGGACGCCCUGGCCUGGUUUUCCCCCCUCUCUGGAGGUGUCAGCUCCUCGUCGUGUUCUUGGACACAGACGCUGCUUGACUUGAAAACCGCUGGGUUUUCUCGUCUUUGCGUUUUCCGUCUGCUCUCCCUCCCGUUGUCAUCGCUGCCGACCCCGGGAUCCUCAGAAACUUCACUCCAACAGCAACUUCUCGUCUGGGCUGGGGAUUUCCCUUCAGGCAGAACGGCAGGACGUGGUCUGAGCUGUCUGAAGUGCAUCUUUACCAGCAGCUUUGUUAAUUCAGUGCCUCUCCCCACUCUGCCCUGCCCCGGUCCUGCUUUUCAGGGUGGGUUUAACUCCUCCAGUCAGUCAGCACGAGGCUGAGCUGGGACCUCAGGAAUGGUUUCUGCGGUGGGAGCUGAGCUCUUUUGGCUCUAAGUGACUUUGGGGUUCUCUUUUCCAACCUUUUCAUUCUGCUUUAAUUAACCACCUGAACACGUGGCUGUACCUUGUGCAUCCAGGUAUUUUUUUUCCUGGAGAAGGAACCACCCCAUGCAGAAAACACUCACAGGAGGAGGUCUGGCCUUGGGAAGAAUUUUCCAGCCGAUCUUUAACCAGCUUUUUGCUCUCUUUUUUCAGGGGAGGUUUGGCUCUGGCUGCAUUUUUUGCGGCUGCAGACCAGGAUUUUGGACAGAACCCUUGCUGUGUCAGUGGUUAAUUAUCCCUGCCUUCCUUGGUGCUCUGCCCUGGAAUUGUUCCUCUCACCUGAAACCUCACCUGAGGAGUUCAGGCUUCUCCUCCCGUCCCUGUUCCUGCCCAGCUGGGCACUGGGACGGGCACCCUGCAAACUGGGAGGAGAGGAACUGCCGACACCAAAGAGUUCAGAGCGAGUUCUCCCUUCCCAGCACAUUUUGGGCAUUUUCACUGGUAAAUUUGCCACAAAUGGCUCUAAAUUUGGUUGUUUGUGGGUUUUUUUUCCUUUCUCAGCAUUAUUUAUAUUCUAGAGUUUGCGAACUUGUCCCACCCUUCCUCCUUUUUUUUUUUUUGGCAAUGUCCCCAAAUUUGCGUCCAGUUCUCUCACCUGGCUGAUAAAUUUGGCGUCUCUGGCUCAGGGGUUUAAGGAUGGAAUUUCUGUUCUGUGCCCAAAUCAUUCAGGGCUUUGGGUCAGUUUUAGGGGGAAAAGAAAAUCAAAAAAAGAUCACCCAGGUGUCAGAUUUUUAAAGGUAAUUGGGCAUUUUAAAGGUAAUUGGGUCUGAGGAGGAACAGGGCAUUUUAAAAAGUGGAAUUAAGUGCCCACUCUUAGGAGAAAUCCCACCAGAACUCUGGUUUUUUAAAGUGUUUGCUCAUUGCCUGACUUGAGUUGUGAGAUUUCAUUUUCACAGACGAUUUAAGGUGUCUGCACCUUGGGUUUUUUUGUUUUCUUUUCAAUGAGAAUCAUCUCCUCAGGUUACCUAGAUGCUUUAGGAAAUGUGUUUUAAACUGGAGGGUUAUUAAAAUAGCGUUAUUAAAACAGUGCUGAUCUCCGCACGCCACAAACCAACAGCAAUUUCUGCCCAAUUCAGGGUUUCGAAUAAAAUCUCAAAGUCAAAACCUCUGCUCUGCAGAGGAGACAAAACCCAAUUCCAGAGCCAAGCUGUUCAAAGCCGCCGUGAAAUUUCAACCCUUCGAGGAUUUCUCCUUUGGAGAAACGCGCUCAGCGCUGAUUUUGCCGGAGCUUUUAAUUAAAAUUUGCCGUGCUGGGAUAAAAUUCCUUUAAAAAUGUGGCAGCUUUUAAUCCACAGCAGGGGCAGAGAGGGGAGCAGGCAGCUUUGGAUUAUUGGAUUAGGCAAGGGCACAGAUCCCAGCUCUGUGAUCUGCACUCAGCCCGAGCGUGGAUGUGCAGAGGGGUUUUUUUGGGUUUUUUUGGGAAUCUGCAUCCCAUAAACUCCCAGCUCCCAGUUGGACUUGGCAGGGACAAGAGCUCCUCCCCCCCCCCCCAGAUUUUCCUCUCCUUAUUUAUUUUUAUCGUUGUAAAUGGAAAGAAUAAAUUUAAAUCUGUAAUUUAACUAAUUUUAUAUAUAUAUAUAUAUAUAGUGAAAAUGUUCCUGACCUGCUUCUGCUACCUUCUUUUGAUUAUUCUUAUUUUUUAAUUAAAAACUUGACCUUAUUUUUUUUAUUAUUAUUAUUUUUUAUUUUUUUUUUAACUGCUGCAGACCAAAUCCUCUGGUGGGACCGGGGUGAGCUUUUCCAAAGACUGCAGCGAGGAGGGGGAAAAAAAUUAACGGAUAAUGUGAUUUUAUGGCUUAAAGGUUCGCCCGAUUCUUCUCUCUGAGCAUUAAUUAAAGCACCUUGAGGACAGUUUGGGCUCUGCAGGGGUUCCCCAAGGGAUGUUCACACCUCAAGCUGUUUUUCGGGUCCUUGUGGUGCUGGUUUGGGUUUUUAGGCAGCUCCAAAAUUCACCGCAAUUUACAUUUGCUGAAUUCUUCUCACUGCGGUGUCGCAAAGGUUUAAUCACUCUGAGCCCUGGGAUGUGUUUGAGGUGAAUUCAGGAGGAUUUGGGGGUUGUGGGAGGAGUUUUCGUGUGUUCUGGGAUCCGGGAUUGGUGGUUUCGUUGCAAACCCAUUUUUGCACACUGCAAAUGCGAGGUUUGGGGUUGUUUAUUUUGUUGGUUUUUUGGUUUUUUUUUUUUUCCAGUCCUUUGCAUUAUGAAUCAGUAAAAAACUCAGCUUUAAAGUGGCUCUGGAGAGAGCAGGAGCUGUGGAUAAAUCACUAAAUCUGUAAAACGAGGUGUACAAAUUUUUUUUUUUUGUGGGGUUUUUUUUUAAAAAACGUAAU